CGCUCUCUCAAUUUCCUUUUCGUCGUCGCCUUCUUCACUGCUGGAGCUUCAACUUUCGCUGCAAGCAAAGCAAAAGAAAGCAUCAGUGAUGGACGGAGAAGAAUUCUCAAUGGAAGACCCUUCACAGCUACUCCAAUCAGCCUCUGAUUUUGCUAACUAUCCAGGUGUUCCAAAUGACGUCGCAGCCAAGGAAUUUCUUGAUCGUUUUCCGCUUCCAGUCAUCAUCAAUGCUCUGCAAACAAAAUCAGAAGUGCCUGGAUUAGAAGCAACUUUAGUGGCUUGUUUAGAAAGAAUCUUUAAAACUAAGUGUGGUGCAUCGCUUAUUCCACACUAUAUGCCUUUUGUGCAAGUAGGUCUGACGGCGGAUUCUCAAUUAGUCAGGUGUUUAGCUUGCAAAACGGUCUCUUGUCUCUUGGAGAAUAUUGAUGAAACCAUAUCAGCUGCACAGCUGAUUACUGACAAUGGUGUAUAUCCGCUUUUGCUUGAUUGUCUCAUAAAUGGAAAUGAACAAGUGGCAACUGCAUCAAUGGAGGCAAUUGAGAAAUUAGCUGGCUCUCAAAAAGGCAUGGAAAUUGUCUUCCCUGCAAAUAACAGCGAUGAUAUGCACCUAGGAAACUUAUCAGCCCGAUGUUCAUCACUGGGACGUGUCCGGGUAUUAUCUUUAAUAGUGAAAUUAUUCUCUGUUUCUAGAGAUGUGGCAUCAGCGGUUUACAACUCAAAUCUGCUGAGUUUAUUGGAGGCAAAAAUCAGCAAUACAGAUGAUACUCUUGUAUCUCUAAGUGUUUUUGAGCUCUUUUAUGAGCUAGCAGAAGUAAAACAUGCCACGGAAUUCUUAUCAAAGACCACUCUUGUCCAACUGCUCUCUUCUACAAUCAGCAACAUGUCAAAAGAAGCUAUAUUAAGAUCAAGAGCAAUGAUGAUAAGUGGAAGACUUCUCUCUAAUGACAACAUAUACAUGUUCAUUGAUGAAUCCAAUUUAGGUGUUAAAACCAUUAUAUCAGCCAUUGAUGGAAGACUUCGGUUAGAAAGUCAAGAUUUGAAUGAAUGUGAAUCUGCCCUUGAAGCAUUGGGCCAAAUAGGAUCAUCAAACCAAGGAGCAACACUGCUACUCACAAUUUCACCUCCUGCUGCUAGACAUGUUAUUGAUGCGGCCUUUGAUAAACAUGCACGUGGCAAACAAUUGGCUUCAUUGCACUCUCUUGCAAACAUCUCGGGCGAAACUCGAUCUGAUAGCAACAUCAUACUGAAUGGUGAUGCAGAAGAAAGCCUCCGGCUCUUGAUCUAUGAAGCAGCAUCCAAGAGCUCAAAGCUGACACCAUCAGGACUUUUCCUAUCAGUUCUUCAACAAGAUUCACAAGUUCGACUGGCAGCUUACCGAGUGUUAACUGGGUUGGUGGCUCGGCCAUGGUGCCUAAUGGAAAUUUGCUCAAAGCAAGAGAUAAUAAAUAUAGUGACUGGUCCAAAUACUGAAACAACAAAAAUAGGUAUGGAAGCUAGAUAUAAAUGUUGCGUAGCAAUCCACAGAGCCUUCAUGUCCUCCAGUAAACUUACUGGCAACCCUGCUCUUGCUCCAAUAGCUGCCAAGCUGCAGGAAGCUGUUAGUCGAGGUCCAUAUCUUGCAGACAAGAUUUAUCGUGAAGCACAACCUAUGGUUGUGACAGCUGAUAGAUUCUAACUUGCUUAGGCAAGACGAGAUAUAACUUUCCCAUCUGUUGUUAUGUACUCCGUACCGCUUUCAUAUGGUUUCACAUAUAUAAGGCUGACACCAGACUAUAGGACACAGUUGCUCUUUUUACCAUACAAUUCAGGAGUUGUGGACUUGUAGGCUGUGCUCGGGGCACGAGAUGAGGUGGUGGCUUAUGCAAUGUUAACUAUGGCAUGGUAUAUCUACAGGUAUCUACAGGUACAAAUGGAUAGCAUUGUGAUGCCAACAAAUUUCUGAAUUGUGUAGAAUUGUGAGGGUGUUUUUUUUCCCGUGGGAAAGAAAAUAAAUAAAAAGGAAGUUACAAUCA